UCUGCUCUCGGCCCCCAGCGCGCAAAGACCAGCGGCAGCCGCCAGUGGCCCGGAGCAGCGGCGCGCGCGGGGAGCCGGGGCGCAGAGAGGGUCCCAAGAACCAAUGAGGAGGACGCGGGACCCCUGAGGCCUCCCUGUCCUGCUGGCCGUGCCGACCUUGACAUUCCCCCUCUCGGUGCCCCAGAUGCUCUGGACCAUCCUCCUGGCCGCCUCCCUGAGUGCUCAGAAUGGAAGAGCCGGGGACCUUCCUUGUGGAUCCGGAUGUGCACACCUGGCCCAGGACCCUGGGGAUGGUGAGGCGGCUGCAGGCCCGGCCGAGACUCAACCACACUCGCAAUGGGACAACCCCAUCUGCACCGAAGGAGUGGUUUCCGUGUCCAGAGGGGAGCGUGCCGUGAUGGCCUGCAACAUCUCCAACCCCUUCCUCAGCGUGGCCAUCUACCUGAGCUCCCACGGGAAGAACUUCAAGCCCGUCCUCAGCAUGCGGCCCCCAGGAUGCUUCUGCCAAGGAGGCUGGCGGCUCCAGGUUCAGGGAAGCGUGGCCCAGCUGGUGAUUGAUGACGCGAGCCACACCCAGGCAGGAUCCUACAAGUGGUAUCUGCAAGGUCUGCAGAGGAAUAUCAGAGUCACCACACUGAACGUGUCAGGGGCAGAGUCCCAAGACCUGAAGGUGAGAGGACGCCCGCUCUUCACACAUCCCUACAGUAGGUGCCCAGAGACGCCAUGCCCGUCCAAGGCCGGAGACCAGUUCAGGGUGGCCCCUGUGGUCAUCAGCAUCAUUGCCAGCCUCGUUUUCCUGGUGGUCAUCGUGUUAGUCUGCACCAGAGGCAGACUGCCCUAUUCCCACCAGAAGUGCUCAGGGCCCCAGGAGAGAUGGCUCUGAGCUGGAAGACGGAGGGCCUGUGAGGAGGGUGAUAAACAGGCCUGAAACCCAGAACCGACUGUAGGAGUCCUGCCCCACUCUGAGGCCACCAGCACCCGCACUCACCCCCCAGGAGUGGAGCCCCGUGUGCCCCACCUCCAUCUGGUUGACAGAUGCCCAGGAACCACGCAGCGGUGGCAGACAGAAGCAGCCCCUGUCCCUGCCUGCUGGCACCGGAAACCUGCUCAGCCCUUCAGCCCAAGGAGCAAGCUCUCUGCCCACCCUGGGGCGGGGGGUGGGCAGGGGGAGAGGACGCGACUCAGGCUGGCAGCUGCUUCUCCUCGGCCUUCCCCCCCAUCCCCACCCCGGGCCAGUGGCUGGCUCCUCCCCACCUCAGCCUUCCACAGGUGUCUCAGCUCCCCGACUCCCCCUCAGCAGACUCUGUGGUCAAAAAUGGGAAAAUCUCGGGCGCCUGGGUGGCUCAGUUGGUUAAGCGACUGCCUUCGGCUCAGGUCAUGAUCCU